CUGACAAUAAGGCGGGAAAAGAUUCCCCCUCCCAAACUCUGGUGCCGUCUCCCGGUCUCAGCUAUAGAUCGCACUUCCCAAAUCCCUAAUUCCGCCAAUCCCAAUUCUAUUUGUGCGCGAAGAUGGAUGAUUCCGCCCGGCAGGAGUCCCCGCCGGCGGCUGGCUCCGGCUCCGUGGAACGCAGGAGAGUCCGCCGGAGGCUGGUCCAGUCAACGCUGUUCACCCACAAUCCUCAAGUGACUGAACCCACUGCGGACCUGAAGAAGGACAAUAAUUGCAGUGAGGAUGAGGCCGGUUGUGAGGGCGAGGAGGCUUGCGGGAGCCAAAAGGGGAGGCCGAAGCGGAAAGGGAGAACUACUACCCCCCAAAAGAAGGCUUCUUCGGCGAAGAAGGAGAAGCAGUCUGUAAAUUGUACACCGCCAAAGAGUGCAAGGAAAUUGACGAGUCUGAUGGAUAUUGAGGACAGGUCGCCGCCAAUUCCUAAUCUGCGGUUAGAAGCAAAAUUAACUGCUGAGGAAAACUCACGAAUGUUCGCCGGUAGGCAAAUUCAUCCAUUCUUUUCAUCCUGGAAAUCAGGAAGGAAGUGUGAGGAAGUUUCCGAAAUCGAUGGCAGUAUGUGCUCGAGUGAAGGAAAGAACAGAGACAUUACCCUCGGCCCAGUUCAUGUUUUUGAGAAAACUCAGGAUGAUGAGAGGCUGCCUAUUGAUUGGAGAAACUGGAAAUUUUGUGAAGAUAACUUUAUCAGUGGUACUCAUGAUUUAGAGAGAACAACUUCUGUUUUCGAGGGCAACAUCAGUUGUUUAACAUUUGAUAAUUUACCAUUUGUGGCUCAUUCCUGUAAUGAGUCAUUUCACGAGAAUCAGGAGUCAUUGCAUAAUAGACCUAAACAAAGAUGUCUGAACAAGACAUCAUCAACUGAUUUGGCUGCACAAGAUGAUGGGCAUGUGUCAUAUUCUCUCUUGCUGGAGUCUGAACGGUAUCAUGAAACUGAAAGAGUCAGGUUCAUAUCUACACAUGCUGAACACUUGAGCAAGCUGGAUGUCAAGCAGCAGGACAAGUUUCUUCAGGAGAGGAUGAUAUCUUACUAUGUUGAUCGUGGUAAUAAGCCUGCAGAAAUGUUAUGGACAGAUAAGUACCAACCAAAGAGGUCAACGGAGGUUUGUGGUAAUGAUGAUUCUGUAAAGUUUCUGAGUGAGUGGUUACAUCUCUGGCAUCAAAGACAUAAUCAUAACAGCAGAUACGUAAAUGCAUUAGAUGAUUCCGGCUCCUUGGAGCACAGUAAUAGCUAUCACUUGCCUGAUUCUGAUUCAGAAUACACCGAAGAGGAAGGACUGAAAAAUGUCCUCUUGAUUAUUGGCCCAAUUGGGUGUGGGAAGUCUGCAGCUAUCUAUGCGUGUGCUGAAGAACAAGGUUUUGAUGUUAUGGAGGUCAAUGCAUCAGAGUGUCGAAAUGGUGCCUUGGUGAAGCAAAGAUUUGGUGAAGCCUUGGAAUCCCAGUGGUUGAAAUGGUCACCAGGAAAUGAUCUGGAUCCUCAGAAGGAGCAAAAAUGUAAUUCAGAACUACCAAAUAGUAAAAUAAAGUUCACUAUGGGUAAUGAGGUGAUAGAACUAAUACAAGUAUCCGAUGAGGACACUUCAUAUGACGCCACUAAAGCCGAUAAAUUUGCUAUGAAGGAGAAUGGAGUUUUGUGUGAUCGACGGAAAGUCAAACCUUUAAUCCUUUUCGAGGAUGUUGAUAUCACUUUUCUUGAAGAUCGUGGUUUUAUUGCUGCUAUAGAACAAAUUGCUGACACAGCAAAGGGUCCUUUGAUUUUGACGACAAACAACAGCAGGGUAGCACUCCCUGAUAGUUUGGACAGACUAGAGAUGAGCUUUGCAAUGCCAUCCCCUGAGGAACUUGUUCGCCAUGCAUAUAUGGUUUGUGCUGCUGAGAAACUCUCCAUCCACCCUCAACUAAUUGAGAGACUUGUUGAAUGUUUCAAGGGAGAUAUUCGUAAAACCCUUAUGCAUCUCCAGUUUUGGUGUCAGGGUAAUAGAUAUCAUCAGAAAGAUGAACAAGCCCGAAGUAAUGCUGGGUUAUUUGACCUUGAGUUGGUCCAUAAUAUUCUGCCAAAGUUGAUGCCUUGGAAUUUCCCUUCGGAGUUAUCUGGGCUAGUUGAGAAGGAAAUUGCAGUGUCAUUAUUUGGGAUGGAGGAGAAUUCUAAUUUACCCAUGGUUGAGGAGGAAUUUGACAAGGAAGCACUGGUUUCUUUGUUUGAUAUGGAUCAUAGUGAAAAAGCUUUGGAGGCCAGGAAAGAAGCCAUGCUAAGCAGGAACUGUUCCAUUUAUGAUGACCAGGAAAUUUUCACUCAAUCAAUAGAUAUCCCUUGUGACUUCUCAAGAUCACCAGGCACCCCUGUUGCAUUCACCUGUCGAAAAGGUCGACGAAAGCUGGAUGUUGUACUGUCUUCUGAUACUGAGGAUGAGAAUGACAGCAGAAUUCCUAGUCUCAGUAUAGACCAGCAAUGUUUUCUCACCCCAUCGCCCAGCAAACCAAGCGAGGACAAAGUGGAAAACGAGGAAUUCUGUUUCUUUCCCUGUUCAGGGAUUCAGACCAAAUAUGAAAUCGACAGUCAAUGCAAAGCGUCAUUUGAUGAGUUAUCAUGUGUCCCUGAGACAACAUAUGUUCCUGAAACGACUAUUGAAAAUGAAACAGACGCAAUGUCAUGCAGAACAAUUUCUUCUUCUCCUCAAGUUGUUGAGACGGAGGAAGUUUUCACAUGCAAUGGGCUGACUAGCAACCUGUCUCCGAAGCAUGGCAAGCCUCUAAGCAGAUUGCAUAAACUCUCAGAUCUGUCAAGAACUACUCAUGACGUGACAGCAGAAUCUUAUGAAGAUGAGGAAGUAACUCAAUACGAACAUGCAGAAGCUACUGGAAGAGGACAUGAUGUGAUGGAUGAGUGCAGCCGCAUGGAUUUUAGGAGAAGAUCAGUGCCUGAUGUGGUACAUGAAUCAUGGAAAAGACUUCGUGUAAAGGAUUUGAGAAAGUAUGUCUCAACUGAAGAGAGAGAUGCUUUGAGGAUCAUACGAGAAGCCAGUGGAAUGAGCAACCUAAUUUCACAAUCUGAUACGUUACUUUGCCGGUGUGGAGCAGUAAUGAGUGAUUGUUUGGAUCCUAGGACAUUUGCUUCUGAGGAACCAGAAUUCUUUGGUUGGUGUCAUGAGCAAUGGCAGAUGACAUCCACAAUGUUUCAGCAUGGGUUCUGCUCUUAUGCAAAAGAUAUCGCUGCUGUUGGUUUGAAUAACCUUGAUGGCAAGCAAACGGUGGAUUUGACCUCAGAGAUAUUGUCUUUGACAAAUGACAAGAUGGCCUUAGCUAACAUGAUUCUCAGGGAUAUGAGAGGAUCUAGUUUUAGUCUAGAUGGUGGAAUGGGUCAGAGAUUGAAUCCUCCAAACACAGAUGAAACUUCAAGAAGAGAAGCAAAGUCAUGCCUCAUGGAUGUGGUUCAAUCUCUGAUUCCUCCGAGAACGUGUUUAUCCUUGAGAGGCUACACAUUCCAUGAGUAUCUUUCUUCAUUAGGGAAUAUUUCGAGAAGAGAAGCUUCCCGUCUGUCUCAAGGCAUGGACAAGACGAAGAGGCGGAGUCUUUCCAUGCAGGGGAAGGACUACCCGACACUAUCUAAGCACGGGCACUAUGAUGUUAUCUUCUGAAGAGAUUUCCAUGCUCGAUGAGUUUAGCAUUUUGGGAAAUAGUGAAUCUCAAUCAACCGAGGCCAAAAACGGGUAGUAGAACUGGAGGAUCUGUGGGCAACCCCUCUGUUUUACACCAAAAAAUGUCCACUGGGGCUCCAGAAGAGAUGGACCCUGGUGAUUUAUAACCAUCCAAUGUCGGAAAAUGUCUGAUAGAUUUGUCAAAACUCAGUAAUUGGCACAGGUCAGAGGAUCUGAUGUGGCCUGUGCUUCACGGCUGUAAAGCUCGUGCUGAUUAUUCUUAUUUAGGUAAUGGUCACUGCUGCCAAUACUAAACUGAAAUGAGCUAAUCAACCGCGGAAUUGCUUCAGUGAUUUCAAGGAGUUCUGCAACUCAGGACUUUCUCUUCAGUCUGUAGAGCUCCUGAGGCUGCGGUUUAGACGAGCUCCGGGUGGAUGUGCAAAGAUUUGCAGAAGCGAUGAGAGGCAUUCUGAUCCAAGAGCCGUAGUCAAGUUAGUGUAGGUGAUUCUGUGGAGGCUCUACUUCUCUAAUUAUUGAAGAAAUUUGAGGAAAUAGCAUGACAAAUUUUCCUUAUUCAUAUCCUUCUCUCGCCGAUUCAUCUGUUCAUGUAUUCUACUACAGAAAUCUUCUCUUUGAUUCUCCUUUUCUUCCCAAUAAGCUAUGUAGAUUUUUCAAUCGGUCCAUGAAAA